UGUGUGCGUACGUGUAUCUGCGGGCGCACAUUGCUUUGCAGAAGCUUCCGCGAGACGCAAGGGCUCCCGAUGCAUGAACGGAUACAAGCGCAUGCAACUUCUUAUGGAUACUUCAAAGUGUCGCGGAUCUUGCUAAACGGCUUUAGUAACAAGAGGAAAAGGAUGGCUAUGGCGAUGGGAUUGCAGUGACCAUGGCCCUUGGGCCAGGCAUUUGGGCCGUUCUCCUGCGAUUGGUCCUGCUGCUGUUCUUCUCGCCGCCUCCACCAGGGCACUGCCAGAGUGACAGGCCCCGCCUCCAGUUCACCGAGCCGCUCUACCAUGCAUCCGUGUACGAGAACUCGGCGGCGCGCACCUACGCCGUCAGCCAUGUGCGCAUGGGCGUGCCCCUGCCCCAGCGGUCCUGGGACGUGCGUUACCGCAUCACCGCGGGCGACGACGAGGGCUUCUUCAAGGCCGAGGAGUACACGCUGGGUGACUUCUGCUUCCUCCGCAUUCGCACCAAAGGAGGGAACGCCGCCAUCCUGAACCGGGAGAUCCAGGACAACUACCAGCUGACAGUGAAGGCCUCCAUCAAGGGUGACAGCCCGGAGGCGUGGACAAAGGUCAGUGUGCAGGUGCUGGACAUGAACGACCUCCGACCCCUGUUCUCGCCGACCACGUACUCGGUCACGAUCGCAGAAAGCACGCCACUGCGCACGAGCAUCGCCCGGGUGACGGCGACGGACGCCGACACGGGCUCCAACGGCGAGUUCUACUACUUCUUCAAGGAGCGUGUGGAGCUGUUCGCCGUGCACCCGACCAGUGGCGUGGUCUCUCUCAGCGGGCGACUGGACGCGGCCCUCCAGAGCCGCCACGACCUGGAGAUCCAGGCCGUGGACCGAGGGAUGAAGCUCUACGGGAACAAUGGCGUUAGCAGCACUGCCAAACUCUUCGUGCACGUGGAGCGGACCAACGACCAUGCGCCCACGCUUUCCACGGUGGCGCUGGCGCCUGUCUGGUCGGACAGGACGCCGGCGGUUGCGGUGGCUGCAGCCGAGGAUGCGGACGAGGGGUUGAACGGAGAGAUCGAUUCGGUCAGCGUCGUUGCCGGGGACCCGCUCAGUCUCUUUAGCAUUGAGAGGAGUAGCGAGGGUGGGCCAGAGGAGAGGGGGGAGGGGCCUUACGAGUUCGUCCUUCGGGCACCGGCGCAGCUCGACUGGGACGCUUACCCUUUUGGCCUGAACCUGAGCUUGCAGGCUCAAGACAGAGGGAAGCCACCGAGGUUUUCUGAGGUGCACGUUGUACACCUCAGGCUGUCCAGGCCAGCCCCGGCGGAGGUCCGCUUCCAGAAAGAGGCCUACGAGGUGAGCCUGAGCGAGGUCGCCCCUCCUGGCACUAUCGUCGUCUCCACAAAGCUUCAACCGGAGCCCGAUGAUGCGGAAUACAUCUUAACGCCCUCUGCUGACUCUGCGUUUUUUAGCAUCAACGCCAUGACUGGUGUGAUCAGCACAUCCCGCUGGAUCACCAAGACCCUCCAGCAGGUCUUUGAACUUGAGGUCGUGGAGGUCGACAGCGAACUCAGGGUCAAUGUCCGGGUGGACCUAGAGGACGCCAACGACAAUGCGCCAGUGUUUGCGCAACAGUCUUACGAGGUGUUCGUCAACGAAAGCGUCGCCAUGGGAACCACGGUGGUGACGGUGACGGCUUCGGACGCCGAUCACGGGGAGAACAGCUACAUCACGUAUAGCAUGGCAAGUUUGACCCCGCUGCCAUUCACCGUCCACCAGUUCAGCGGUGCUGUAAGCACCACUCAGGAGCUUGACUUUGAGUCGACUGUGGAGAGCUUCAGCUUCAUGGUGCGGGCCUCUGACUGGGGUGCCCCUUACAGGCGGGAGACGGAGGUCAACGUGACAGUGCACCUGGAGAAUGUCAACGACAACAAGCCACUGUUCGAGAAGGUGGCCUGUGUCGGAGUGGUGUCUCGUGACCUUCCGGUCGGCGACGUCAUCAUUACCAUGUCCGCCAUAGACAUUGACGAGCUGGAGCUGGUAAAGUACAAGAUUCUCUCGGGAAAUGAACGUGGAUACUUUGAGCUGAACCCCGAUUCUGGGGUCAUGACCCUACGACAGUCGCUCACCACUGUGAACUUCAAAAACACCUUUAGCCUCAAAAUCACUGCCACAGAUGGGGAGACCUUCUCAGAUCCCAUGUUUGUGAACAUAUCCUUGACCGAAAGCAAGGCCCCACCAAAAAGCUUCAGCUGCAAGGAUACUCGUGUGGCACAGCAACUCGCCGAAAAGCUCCUCAAAAAGGCAAAAGCCAACAGCAAGCCGAAGGUCGAGGAGGGCUUCAUCGACUUGUUCUCGUUGAACCGACAGACACCUCAGUUUGAUAAAUCCUUCCCUACGGAUAUCACUGUCCGGGAAGACCUGACGGUCGGCACGAGCGUGUUUCAGGUGAAGGCCUACGACAGCGAUGCAGGGUUUAACGGCCUGAUGCUCUACGCCAUCUCUAGUGGUAACACGGACAGCUGCUUCACCAUCGGCACUCUGAGCGGUGUGAUCAGCAUUUUCCUCCCAUUGGACCGGGAGAGAACGGACCGGUACCUUUUGAACCUCACGCUGCACGAUUUGGGACAACCGCAGCGGUCCGCGUGGCGUCUCCUCAACAUCUACAUAGAGGACACCAACGACAAUGCCCCACGGUUCUUGCAGGAUGGCGACUACCGGGCACGCAUCCCAGAAAACACCCCCGUCGGCACAGAGGUCCUGCAAGUGGAAGCUACAGACAAAGACCAAGGAUCCAACGGGGAGAUCCAGUAUUCAAUUCUCACCAGCACUUCCCAGUUCGGUAUUAACAGCUCCACCGGCAUCGUGUACGUCGCCGGCCAGUUGGACCGCGAGACCAUGCCGUCGUUUGUGCUAAAGGUGGAGGCACGGGACCGGGCUGAGCGAACAGUGCAGCAGUUUUCCAUCGCAAUCCUCCGCGUCUCACUGGAGGAUGUCAACGACUGCCCGCCGGCGUUCAUUCCGAACGCGGUCAGCGCUCGCGCUCUCGAGGACCUGCCGCUGGGUACCGUUAUCGCCUGGCUGGACACGCAGGACCCCGACCUCGGCCCGGGCGGAGAGGUGCGCUACUCGCUCGCCAGCGACCACGACGGCCGCUUCGAGGUGGACAAGACCAGCGGAGCCGUCCGGCUGACCAGGGAGCUGGAUUAUGAGAGCCAGCAGUUCUUCAACCUGACGGUCCGGGCGAAGGACCGGGGACGCCCUGUCUCUUUGCUCUCGAUUAGCUACGUGGAAGUAGAGGUGGUGGACGUGAACGAAAACCUUUACGGGCCCGGUUUCUCCAGCUUUGCGCUGAACGCGUCAGUGAAGGAGAGCGCUCGGAUCGGGACGUCCGUUCUGCAGGUGUCGGCUCGCGACGAUGACACGGGUCGGGACGGUGAGGUGCAGUACUCCAUCCGAGACGGCAGCGGUCUCGGAAGGUUCACCAUCGACGAGGAGUCAGGAGUGAUCUACACCAUGGAUAUGUUGGAUCGUGAGACACAAGAUUCUUAUUGGUUGACUGUUUAUGCCACAGACCUAGGGGUGGUGCCACAGUCAGCUGCACUGCAAGUCUACAUUCAGGUAGAAGACGUCAAUGAUAACGCCCCAUUGACCUCUGAACCAAUGUACCAUGCCUCCAUCCUCGAGAACUCCCCCAAAGAUAUGUCCGUCAUCCAGAUCCAAGCCCAGGACCCCGACACUACGGCAACGGAGCCCCACCUCUCGUUCCGCAUCACCAGUGGCAACCCACAGAACUUCUUCAGUAUUAAUCCCCAGACUGGUCUCAUAACGACGACUGCUCGGAAACUGGACCGCGAACAGCAAGCAGAGCAUGUUCUUGAGGUAACUGUUUCCGACGGAGGCCCCUCCCCCCGCCACACCACCGUGUGGGUGGUGGUCCAGGUUCUGGACUUGAACGACAACAAGCCCAUCUUCCCGGAGAAGCUGUACCAGGUGCGUCUUCCAGAGCGAGGCCGGAAGCAGAGGGGCGGGCCCAUCUACCGCGUCUUCGCCUACGAUGCCGACCACGGCACCAAUGCCGACCUGACCUACAGCCUCGUGGACGGGAACGAGGAUGGAAAGUUCUACAUCGAACCCAAAACUGGCGUCGUCUCCUCUCCCAAGAAGCAAUUCUCUGCUGGGACCUAUGACAUUCUCACUGUGAAGGUGGUGGAUAACGGACGUCCACAGCGCUGGGCAACAGCUCGUUUGCAUAUCGAGUGGAUUCGACGCCCACCCCCGAGCCCCAUGCCCCUGGUGUUCGAUGAGCAGCUGUACAAUUUCACUGUCAUGGAAACGGACAAAGUGGCAGAUAUAGUGGGUGUGGUCUCUGCCCAGCAGCAAGGUGCCACGCCCCUGUGGUUUGACAUUACAGGUCCACGCCCUUUUCGUGAGGUGUUCUAUGUUCUCCAGACUGCUUGUGCCAGGAACUGUUCCACAGAAGGCGGGGAUGAUGAGAGUGUGUUUGAUGUGGAGAAAGGUGUUGGUACUAUUAUCAUCGCCAAGCCUCUGGAUGCUGAGCAGAGGUCCUUUUACAAUCUCACCCUGGAGGUGACCGAUGGCACGAACGUAGCUUCCACGCAGGUCCACAUAACCAUCCUGGACAACAACGACAAUGCGCCUGUCUUCUCCCAGCCUACCUAUGACAUCACCAUAGCAGAGGACACGCCCCCAGACACGGAGGUGGUGCAAGUGCUUGCGUCAGACCGUGACGAGCGUCACCGCCUGACCUUCAGCCUGCAGGGCAGCGUGGACCCUGGCAGCAUGCGCCUCUUCCGCGUGGACCCGGGCACGGGGGCCAUCUACACCGCCCGCCGCCUCGACCACGAGAGCCGCAACCAGCACGUCCUCUCCGUCAUGGUGAAAGAUCAGGAGUUCCCGUAUAGGCGGAGUCUGGCGCGUGUACUAAUUGGCGUAGAGGAUGUGAAUGACCACGCCCCUCAGUUCACCAUGGCGAUGUAUGAAGGACAGGUGUACGAGUCAGCAGCUCUUGGCUCUGCGGUUCUCACCGUGACAGCUCUAGACAAAGACAGAGGCCAGAACGCUCACAUCACCUAUAGUAUAGAGUCAGGAAACACUGGGAAUGCAUUCCGGAUCGAUCCGACUUUGGGAAUUAUUUCAGUGGCUCGGGAGCUGGAGUUAUCCACCAUCGGUCACUACGUGUUAAUGGUUAAAGCUGGAGAUAACGGCGCCCCUUCUUUAUCGUCCACCGCCGCCAUCCGCAUCUCCGUCACCCUGUCCAACAACGCAGCUCCGAAAUUUCCCCAAAAUGAGUAUCAGGCCGAAAUCGCGGAAGGCGUGGCCUUGGGAACUUCCGUAACCGCGGUAAAUGCCCUCAGCCUCUCCACGGUAAGUUACGACAUUCGCCACGGCAACGGCAACCGGACUUUCCGCAUCAACCAGUACAGCGGCGUGGUCACGACGCAAAAGCCCCUCGACUUUGAGGCGGUCUCCGCGUACGUGCUAGUCGUCACUGCCACCAACAUGGCCGGCCAGUAUUCCAACGCCACAGUGAGCGUAGCUGUGCUGGACCAGAAUGACAACGCGCCGGUGUUCCAGCAGCUGCGUUACCGCGGCAGCAUCAGCGAGGGGGCGAGGCUGAACAGCGUGGUGCCGAGCGAAACGGGCGAGCCUCUGGUCAUCCGAGCAACGGACGCUGACCGGAACCACAAUGCGCUGCUGGUGUACCAGAUCCAGGAAGAGACCGCCCGGCGUUUCUUCACUGUAGAUACUGGAACCGGCUCCAUCAGAACCAUCGCUCAACUGGACCAUGAAACCACGCCUAUGUUCCACUUCCACGUGGGCGUAAGGGACAGCGGCAGACCCCAGCUGUCAGCCGAGCACCCUGCGGAGGUCACCAUCCAGGUGCAGGACAUCAACGACUGCCCACCACAGUUUUCCCAGGAGUCCUAUGAGGCGGUUCUCCUGCUGCCCACCUACGAGGGGGUGGAGGCCCUGCAGGUGUCCGCCUACGAUCCGGACGGGGAGGGCCAAUCCGUGCUGAGCUACUCGCUGACCGACACCGGUGUGGAGCAUUUCACUAUCGAGGCGGGCACUGGGCUGAUCACCGUUCGAAACAGCACCUUCAGUAGGGAGCGCUUCCGCUUUAACGUCCGCGUGUCCGACGGCCGCUUCUCCAGCACGGCGCUGGUGACCCUGCUUGUGCGCGAGGCACUGGACAGCGGCCUGGCCUUCACCCACAGCAUCUACAGUGCAAACCUUCAGGAGAACAACUCCAACGUGACGACAGUCGCUGUGGUUACAGCCCUCGGCAACCGCCCGAACGAGCCACUCCGCUACACCCUGUUGAACGCCGGUGGAAAGUUCCGGAUCCGCCCCACGUCCGGCGCCAUAGAGACGGUGGGAAUCCCACUGGACCGCGAGGAGAGGGAGGAGCACGGGCUCCUGGUGCAGGCGGGUCGGGAGGACGACAGGUUGCGGGUGGCCCGGGCGCUGGUCCGCGUCCGGAUCACUGACAUCAACGACAACGCGCCCGUGUUCGUGGGCCUUCCCUACUACGCAGCCGUGCAGGUGGAGGCAGAGCCGGGGGCAUCCGUCUUCCGCGUAACAGCCGUGGACCGGGACAAAGGGCCAAAUGGAGAUGUCAGCUACUUCCUGCAGGAUGAGCGGGGACACUUCGAGAUGGACCGCAUAAAUGGGGAGCUGCGGCUUCGGCGGGCCUUCGAGGCCGACCUGUCCAGCGUGGAGUACCAGGUCCUGGUGUUUGCGCGUGACGCCGGCACGCCGCCCACAUCCUCAUCUGUCACCCUGCCCAUCACUGUGGUCAACCGCGCCAUGCCUGUGUUCGAUCGGCCGUUCUACUCGGUCAAGGUUAGCGAGGACGUGCCGGUGCUCAUGCCAGUCCUGGGUGUCAAUGCCAGCAGCCCUGAAGGGCAGAGCGUCCUCUACACCAUCACGCACGGCGACCCCGACGGCCUCUUCUCCAUCGGCUUCGACACAGGCGUCAUCAGCGUCGCAGCACCGCUGGACCACGAGAGCAGCCCCGCCCACAGGCUGAUCGUGCGCGCGACGGACUGCCUCACGGGGGCACGUGCGGAGGUGGACGUGGAGGUGGCCGUACUGGACGUGAACGACAACGCGCCCGCAUUCGCUAAGCCCGCGUACGAGGCCGCGAUAUCCGAGGCAGCCAUGAUCGGCACGGCCGUCCUGCAGGUGCAGGCGUCAGACAGCGACUCAGAGAAGAACGCGGCUGUGCGCUACCAGAUCGUGGCCGAUCGUAGCAACAGCACCGAGCACUUCCACAUCGACAGCAGCAGCGGCCUGAUCCUCACCGCCCGCACACUCGACCACGAGACCGUACCGCGCUAUGUCUUUGUCGUCAAGGCUACUGACGAUGGCUUCCCGCCACUGAGCAGCGAGGUGCGUGUGACCAUCCAGGUGACGGACACCAAUGACAACGCGCCCGUCUUCAACCAGCUGCUGUACGAGGCCACGGUGCACGAGCUGGCACCACGGGGCCACUUCGUCACCUGCGUGCAGGCGUCCGAUGCCGACGGGCGCGAUGCGGAGCGGCUGCGCUACGGCCUGGUGUCAGGGAAUGAACGCGCGCUGUUCGAGCUGGACGCUGCCUCGGGUGUGCUGACCCUGAGCAGGCAGCGGCACAUGCAGCGCAUGCCGCCCGCCGUCAGCCUGAAUAUCAGCGUGUCGGACGGCGUGUUCACCAGCACGGCGCAGGUGCACGUGCGGGUGGAGUGGGCCAACCUGCACGCGCCACAGUUUUCCCAGGGCACGUACGAGGCGGAGGUGCGGGAGAACACCCCGGCAGGGUCGAAGGUCGUCACAGUCAGGGCGCAGGACGCCGACCCCGGGUCACUUGGCGAGGUGCGCUACGUGCUGCUGUCAGACAUGGCCCGGGACUCUUUCGCUGUGGACGGCAGCGGUCAGAUAACAACUCUGGAGAGGCUGGACCGCGAGGAGCGCAGCGAGGUCGUUCUGUCCGUGGCGGCGAUGGACGCCGGGGGCAGGACCGGCCACUGCAGUGUCCGGGUUGCCCUGCUGGAUGAGAACGAUAACGCGCCGCUGUUCGAGGCGGCCGAGUACCGCGCCAGCGUCCGAGCGGAAGUGGAGCCCGGCUCGCUGGUGACGCAGGUGCAGGCCCAGGACGCCGACCAGGGCGCCAACGGGCAGGUGAGCUACAGCCUGUACAGCAAGGCCGGCCUGCAGGUCACAGAACUGCUGGACAUCGACCCUGACAGCGGUUGGGUGGUCACCAAGGGUGACUUCCGCCCCCUCCAAGGAUCCGUGCUGUCCUUCUUCGUCAAAGCCUCCGACGGAGGUGCGCCAGUCCGCCACGCUCUCGUUUCGGUGUAUGUCCACGUCCUCUCGGCCGAUGCACGCCUGCCCACCUUCGGCCGGCCACACUUCUCCUUCGGCAUCUUGGAGGACGCGCCCAUCGGUUCCGUGCUGGGGGCAGUGCAUCUGCAGACCCCGUCCGGCCAGGCCCCGCCUCCCGCAACUUUCUCUGCCGUGAUUGGUCACACUGCGGAGACCAACAGCGACGGGGUCUUCGUGGUGGACAGAGACAGCGGAACGAUUAAGCUAGACAAGCCGCUGGACCGGGAGCGCACGUCCACCUUCCACUUUAAGGUGAUGGCCACACUGCAGCAGGGCCUCGUGGAUGCAGUUGCUCUGGUGGACGUGGAGGUGAAAGUUCUAGACAUCAACGACAACAAACCGGCGUUUGAGACAGACACCUACGAGGCCUCGGUCAGCGAGGGCCUUCCUGCUGGCACAAGGGUCCUCCAGGUGCAUGCUGUGGACCCCGAUUGGGCAGCCAACGGUCAGGUGACUUACAGCCUUGCUCCGCCAGGGCUCCUUGGAGCAGGAAGUGAGGACAAGGAGGAGGGAGGGAUCUUUUUUAUGAUUGACAGCAGUUCUGGGUGGAUUUCGACGCUGAAGGGACUCGACCAUGAGAAUAGCCCUGCCCACAGUCUCACUGUCUGGGCGUAUGACCUCGGUGACCCUGCCAGCCUGUCGUCCUCGACGACUGUCACCAUAGCAGUGGGCGACUCCAAUGACAACACACCAGAAUUUCUACAGACUCGUUACUAUGGCAGCGUGCGCGAGAGCGAUGUACCUGGAGAAGUCGUGGCCGUUCUGAACACACGUGAUGAAGACAGCUCACCUAGCAACCGGCAGGUCACCUACCACAUCACAGGUGGUAACCCAGGCGGUGUGUUUGCCUUGGGACUGAUCCAGGGUGAGUGGAAGUUGUACGUUAAACGUGCACUGGACCGAGAGGAACAGGAGCACUACCUCAUCAACGUCACAGCAACAGACGGACUCCACGUAGCCACAGCAACUGUAGAGGUGCUUGUGACUGAUGCCAAUGACAAUAGUCCAGUCUGUGACCCGGUGGUGUACUCAGCUUCUAUUCCAGAGGAUGUACCUGUCAGUAAGCUGAUACUGAGAGUUAAAGCCACAGAUGCAGAUGCAGGCUCUAAUGCGCACAUCCAGUACUCACUCUCAGGCCCUGGGGCUGAAGACUUCACUAUACACCCCUAUACAGGAGAGCUAAAGACAGCAGCGGUGCUGGACCGCGAGAAGGUGGCGCGCUACUCUCUGGUUGCCCGGGCAACGGACAGCGGCGGUCUGUGGUGCGAGGCAGCUGUUGCCGUGACGCUGCUGGAUGUGAAUGACAAUGCUCCCCAGUUCAGCAUGGCCCACUACACAGCCAGCGUUUAUGAGAACACCGCCCCGAAAGCUCUGCUUACACGCUUGCAAGCCACGGACCCUGACCAGGGAGAGAGCCGAAGAGUCGUCUACUCCCUGGUGGACUCUGCCGACGGCUUCUUCUCCAUCGACAAGUUCACCGGCGUUGUGGCACUGGAGCGUGGGCUGGACCGCGAAGUGCAAUCCACCUACCUCAUAACGGCGCGCGCCUCCGACCAGGGCGUGCCAGGCCGCCUAUCCUCCUUCGCCAACGUCACCAUCGCCGUGCUGGAUGUCAACGACAACCCGCCCGUGUUCGAGCGACGCGACUACCUGGCCACGCUGCCUGAAGACGUCGCCGUGGGAACGGAGGUGACGCGCGUGUUUGCCGCCAGCAAGGACAUCGGCACCAACGCUGACAUUUACUACAGCAUCAGGUCUGGGAACCAGCAGGGCCACUUCACCAUCAACAUCCAAACAGGAGCAAUAUCAGUGUUUCGCCCCCUGGACUUUGAGUCCUGCAAAGAUUACUUCCUCACAGUUGAAGCUCAAGAUGGUGGAACGCCGCCCCUCAGUGCUGUUACCAUGGUGAACAUCAACCUGACGGAUGUCAAUGACAACGCACCAGUGUUUAGCCGUGACGUCUACAGUGCGCCCAUUAGUGAGGGUGCCAGCAUCGGCGAUGCUGUUGUUACGGUCACCGCUGAGGAUAUCGACAGCCAGGUGAACAGCGACAUCUUGUACUCCAUCGUUAAUGGCGACCAAGAGAACCAGUUCUUCAUUGAGCCAAUCACGGGCCAGGUCAAAGUUAACAAACAGCUGGACCGAGAAACGACUGCUGAUUAUACUCUGGUGGUAAGAGCCCUGGACAGUGGAACUCCUGCCAUGUCCACCACUGUGCUGGUUAACAUCGACAUCUCAGACAUCAAUGACAACCCGCCCACCUUUUCCCCAGCCAAUCACAGCGCUGUUAUACAGGAGAAUAAACCAAUGGGGACGAGCAUCCUGCAGCUGUCUGUCAUCGAUAAAGAUGCUGCCCACAAUGGCCCGCCCUUCCUCUUCCGUAUCCUGUCAGGAAAUGAGGGGGUGUGGUUUAAAUUGGACAAGGAGGGGCUGUUAACAUCGAAUCAGAUGUUCCGCAGGUCAGAGGGCACUGAAUACACCAUUCAGGUGGAGGCCCGGGACUCUGGUAGGCCCUCGCUUUCGUCGACAGCGCUGGUGCACGUGCGUGUGAUCGAGGAGAGCGUGCACAAGCCUACGGCGUCACCGCUACACGUGCACAUCAUCACCAUGGAGGAUGAGUUCCCGGGGGGUGUGAUUGGCCAGAUCCAUGCUACAGACCAGGACGCCUUCGACAUCCUCACCUAUGGACAUGCACAACAGCAGAACAGCCUGUUUAAGGUGAGCCCACGUGAUGGGCGUAUCAUCGCCUUGGGCGGCCUGGACGCGGGCCUCUACGCCCUCAACGCCACCGUGACGGACGGCCGCUUCCUCGUAAGCGUGCCUGUGAGUGUGCACGUGGAGCAGGCCUCGGCCGAGAUGCUCCGCGACGCCGUGACCGUGCGCUUCGACCGCGUGGCGCCCCACGACUUCGUCUCCCGCCACCUGCCGGCCGUGCGCCGCGCCCUCGCCGCCGUCAUGGCGACGCCGCGGCCCGAGGCGCUGCGCGUGCUCAGCGUGCAGCCCGUGGAGGCCACGGGCCAGCUGGACCUGCUGGUCGCCGUGGAGACGGCAGAAGGCAGCGGCUUCUACAAGGCAGCGUACGUGAGCCAGAAGCUGAGCUCGGCACGCAGGCAGCUGGACCAGGUGCUGCGCGUUUCCGCUGUGCUGGAUAAGAACUGCUCGGGCCUGGACUGUAGGGAGGCGCAGUGCGAGCAGACCAUCACGCUGGACUCACACACCCUGCUCACCUACACCACGGCCAAGAGCAGCUUCGUCUCGCCACGCUUCCACAGGAGCACGCACUGCGUGUGCAGCGAUGGGAGCUGUUCUGCAGUCUCGGAGUCGUGUGAAGACAUGGCCUGUCCGGCCGACAUGCAGUGUGUGAAGACAGACAACAACAGAGGACCUUAUGCAUGCCAGUGUCCACCCGGGAAACUUGGAGAAUGUGCAGGCCACACGUCGCUGAGUUUCUCUGGUAACAGCUACAUAAAGUACCAUGUGAUUGACAGAGGGAGGAGAGAGGAGCUGAAACUGCAGCUGAGGAUCCGAACGCUGCAGAGUAAAGGCAUUAUCAUGUAUACACGCCCCGAGCCAUGCACGGUCCUAAAGAUUGAGGAAGGCCGUCUCUGGUUCCAGCUCGACUGCGACAAAGGCCCUGGUGUCCUGGGCAUAUCCAGCUGGCCUAUCAAUGAUGGCAACUGGCAUCACGUGACCCUCGAGCUUGGCGGGAACUUCAGCAGCCUCUCACUGGAUGACAGCUCCGUGCUGAGGCGUCAGGCCCCGCCCAAGUUCCACUCACCAGGCCCAGAUUGGUCAAUAUAUUUCGGGGCGCAGGUGUUGCCGGAGCGAAAGGGCCCACGAGUCAGUAAUGGCUUCCAGGGCUGCUUGGAUUCUGUGGUGCUGAACGACAAUGAGCUCCCCCUACAGGACAAACGGAGCCGCUAUGCUGAGGUGGUGGGGCUCUCUGAUCUCAAGCUGGGCUGCGUUCUGCAACCAGAUGCCUGCAGCACUCAGCCCUGCCUCAACAGUGCCACCUGUGUCAGCCUGCCAUCAGGAGGUUUCUCCUGCACUUGCAGUGCCCUGCACACUGGGGGGCGCUGUGAGACUGAGAUCAGUGUGUGUGUGCCGAACCCCUGUCAGAAUGGCGGCAUGUGUAAACCUAUCGGGAAUGCCUUCAUAUGCAGUUGCAAGAGAGGAUACACCGGAAUCACGUGUGAAGAGGAUGUGAACGAGUGUGCGCGGGAGCAGUGCGAAAACGGUGGCGUGUGUGUGAAUACGUUCGGCUCCUUCUACUGCAACUGCACGCUGGGCUUUGUGGGUGGAGCCUGCACGGUCCGGCCUGUCCUUGUGCCUGACAUGCAGGCUGGCCACGCCUAUGUGGGCAAAGAGGAACUCAUCGGCAUCAUGGUCGUCCUCUUCCUCAUCAUCACCCUCAUCCUCCUUUUCAUUGCAUUCCGGAAGAAGGUCUUCCAGAAAAGUUACUCGCGGAAUAACCUCUCGAUGAUCCAGGAUCCGGCCACUGCCGCCCUGCUGCACAAGGCCAAUGGGGGCCAUUACCCGCCCCUGCCCUGUGGACUGGGAGACCCCAUCAACUUGUACACGGAGGCAGGGAAUCUCUCAGGACCGCCCCAGGUCCCUGUCCGACCAAUGGCGUAUACGCCCUGCUUCCCUGGUGAUGCCCGUGGGAGUCUGGAUAAGAGAGGUGGGGACAGGAGAGGGGUGGAGCUUACAGAGAUGAGCACGUUUCACCCAACAACCGAGUCUCCGCGGAUUCUGGGCGGAGCCACGCGACGAGGGGUAGUGGUGUGCAGCGUGGCGCCUAACCUGCCGCCGGCAUCACCAUGCCGAUCAGACUGUGACUCCCUGCGCAAGAGCCCCUGGGAGGACGAGGGGAAAGUGGACAUGUUGGAAGAGGUCACAUGUUUCUCAGGCAGUAACAAAGGAAGCAACUCUGAAGUCCAAUCACUGAGCUCCUUCCAGUCAGACUCGUGCGACGACAAUGCUUCCAUAGUGACGGUAAUUCGACUGGUCAAUGAUGCAGUUGAAACUAUCGAAAAUGAAGUUUCAGUUAUGGACCAAGGUCAAACCUACAGCCGAGCAUAUCACUGGGACACUUCUGAUUGGCUGCCGAGCACACGUCUCCCUGACAUCGAGGAAGUGCCCACUUAUGAGACAGGAGAGGUGGGUGUGGCCUUGGAGGCGGAUUACUACCUGGGAGGCUUUGACAUCGACAGUGACUACACACCCCCUCAGGAGGAGGAGUUUUUGUCACAUGAUCAGCUGCCACCGCCCCUUCCCACCGAAGAGUACGAGAGCAUACCUGCCAAUCAACCCGUUUCCACACAGAGCACCCUGAGUGGAGGCCGCGGGUCCCGCCCUAACUUCCACCCUAGCCAAUAUCUGCCUCCACAUCAGCUGCCACUUGGCUCUGGGGGGGAGGAGUUUAGCACUUUUCUGGGUGGCGACGAGCGCCUGUCUGUCAACGCUUCUUCCGCCUCAGACGUCUCUGCCCCCUGUGGGUUUGACGAUUCAGAAACGGGAGGAAGCUUGGACAGUUUAGAGGAAGCACAGAUGCUGCCUCUAACACAACAGACCGAGGUCUGAGCCACAUCCCAACACACACACACACCCAAAACACACCGCACACACACAAAACUACAGACUCACUUUCUGACUGUUCCACACUCUCCGAAACGGCCCUAAACAUCCACCGACAAUUGUGUGAGUCUGGUAUAGCUUGCGAGGACAAAUUUACACACCCUUGCAGAGACUAUCUGAGUUAUAGACUGAGGGUCAGAACACCCAGCAGGAAGUGGAGCCGCCCACACAUACAAGCACAGGAAGUGAUGAGCGGGGUGUGGGACUCUUUUGACUGGAAUGACAGAAAGUAUUGUGAAGACAAAAAGAUGGAGUCAUGUGAAAUAAAUCUCCAGUUUGUUGGAAUGACAGUGGUAUUUUGGAGCAAUUUUAUACAGGCAAACAGCACAACUUUUCUUGUCUUUGUGGCCGCUCAAAACUUGCCGACUUGUUUUAUUGUUGUUGUCAUUGUUGGUUUUUAAAAUGUGUUUUAAAACAAAUGUUUUGAGUGUGGAUGCUUUAUAGCUUUGUGUUUUUUUGUUUGUUUGUUUUUUUGCACUAAGAUGUAAGACAUCAUAUACAGAUCUGUCCCUGCCAAAAUAAUAAUGUUAUAGUGAGUGUCUUUCUGUCUCUCUCUCACAAACACACGCACGCACACGCACACACACACACA